GGGCAGAUCUGAGAGUUAGGGAGAUUUGUCCCCACCGGCCUGUGGGAGAGCAGAAAGGAGAGGGGGCAAAGAAGGCCACGGCAGAGCGAGGAAGAAGCUGCUGGUUGGGCCCACGAUGAAAACACUCAUUCUUUUGCUGCUGGUGCUCCUGGACUUGGGGCUGGCUCAACAUCGGCUCCACAGGGUGCCCCUCAGGAGGCAUCAGUCCCUCCGGAAGAAGCUGCGGGCACGGGGCCAGCUCUCUGAGUUCUGGAAAUCCCAGAAUUUGGAUAUGAUCCAGUUCACUGAGUCCUGCACGAUGAACCAGGAUGCCAACGAGCCCCUCAUCAACUACUUGGAUAUGGAAUACUUCGGCACCAUCUCCAUCGGCUCUCCACCGCAGAACUUCACCGUCAUCUUUGACACUGGCUCUUCCAACCUCUGGGUCCCCUCUGUGUACUGCACCAGCCCAGCCUGCAAGACACAUGCCAGGUUCAAUCCUUCCCAGUCCAACACGUACAGUGUGCUGGGGAGUCAUUUCUCCAUUCAGUAUGGGACUGGGAGCUUGUCUGGAAUCAUCGGAGCUGACCAAGUCUAUGUGGAAGGACUGGUUGUGGCCAGCCAGCAAUUUGGAGAGAGUGUCACGGAGCCAGGCCAGACCUUUGUGAACGCAGAGUUUGAUGGAAUUCUGGGCCUGGGAUACCCCUCCUUGGCUGUGGGAGGGGUGACCCCGGUGUUUGACAACAUGAUGGCGCAGAACCUGGUGGAUAUACCCAUGUUUUCUGUGUACAUGAGCAGUGACCCAGAGGGUGGUGCAGGGAGCGAACUCAUUUUCGGAGGCUAUGACCACUCCCAUUUCUCGGGGAAUCUGAACUGGGUCCCUAUCACCAAGCAAGGCUACUGGCAGAUUGCCCUGGAUGCAAUCCAGGUGGGAGGCGCCGUGAUGUUCUGCUCUGAGGGCUGCCAGGCCAUUGUGGACACAGGGACUUCCCUCAUCACAGGCCCCUCAGACAAAAUCAAGCAGCUGCAGAAGGCCAUUGGAGCCGAACCCAUGGAUGGAGAAUAUGGGGUGGAGUGUGCCAACCUCAACGUCAUGCCGGAUGUCACCUUCACCAUCAAUGGCGUCUCCUACACCCUCCAACCAACUGUCUAUACCCUGGUGGACUUUGUGGAUGGAAUGGAAUUCUGCAGCAGCGGCUUUCAAGAGCUUGACAUCCAGCCUCCCGCUGGGCCUCUCUGGAUCCUGGGCGAUGUCUUCAUUAGGCAGUUUUACUCAGUCUUCGAUCGUGGGAAUAACCGUGUUGGGCUGGCCCAGGCAGUCCCCUAAGUCGCGGCCUUGUGUUUGAGCCUGGCUGCCUGACACCCCUUAGAAAUCCAGCUGGGCCCGUUCGGUUGGGGCAUUCUUCACAAUGGUCAAAAAGUCAUUUUCGGGAGGAUACAGUUGUUCUAGAGCUGCAACUUGAAUUGGGUCCAAAUAGAGCAUGAGAACACACACCUCACACACACCACAUACACCACCUCCACCGCCAUCAUGAUGGAAGAAUUAAGUUGUAUGCCCAUACUUUUUAUUGCUUGUUGCUAACAUUUUCUUUCGGCAAUCUCCAGACAUGUACACAAGCAGAGAUUAUAGCACAAUAAAUCCCCACGCAGCACCCUCCCCCCCCACCUUUCAUAACUCACCUGCCCGUGGCCAGGCCUGUUUUAUCUGCUUGCACCACCACCCUCUGCUACCCAGCCCACCUACCUGCAUUAUCCCGAAGCAAAUUCUUAGCAUCACAUCAUAAAUCAUCACAUCCAAGAUUUAUCCAUAAAUCCUUAUAAUAUUCUUAAAUAGGCAAUCAGUGUUCAAAUGUUCCCUAUUGUCUGGGAAAUGUUGGGUCAUUUUUACCAGUGACUUGUGUGUAUUAGGAUGCAAAUAAAGUCUUCAAAUUGCGUUUA